UCGAAAGCAGAAUUGUUUGAGCUGUAGUGAAGUCAAAAGUCCAGAAUUGUGCACAAACAUGACAGUCUGCCAUGAACAUGAGGCUUGUUUUCUCCAUAAAUUUAAGACGGAAGAUAAUCAAGAAAACUUUGAUCUUGGUUGCAAAGAUAAAUCUCUUUGUCUUCAUGCUUCAACUAGUAACGGAUUUGGCCGACGAUCAACAAUUGGCAGACAUUUGGUAUGUGAAAACUGUUGUAGCGGUUCCGACUCGUGUAAUCGAGAUCUUCUGUGUGGACAUCAUAUGCAAGAAGGACCUAACUCUACAUGUACCCUAAACAGCGAGUGUGACAGCAACCUUGUCUGUCUGUCCAGUCGAUGUCAGUGUCUCUCUACUGACUACUUCUGGAAUGGAUUUGUUUGCAUGACAAGAAAAUCCAUAAAUGAGGAAUGCGAGGAAUCGAGACAAUGUAAAUUGUCCUUACAAUGCAGAAACAAAAAGUGUCAGUGUAUAGAGUCAAACUACUGGACUGGAUCCACAUGCGCAGAACGAAAAUCAGUGAAUGGUACUUGUGCCACACUUAUGGAGUGUAGAGACACAUUGUUUUGUGUCCACUCAAUAUGUAGAUGUGACUACUAUAUUGGAGAAACAUGGGAUGGCUAUUCAUGCGGAACAGGCCCCAGAGAGUGUGAGGAUUUAAUUAUUUCUAUAUCUGGAAUUUAUACUAUUUAUCCCGGAGGUGGUACCCUUGCAGUUCAAGUGUACUGUGUUGUUGAAGCAAACAAAAUAUGGACGGUGAUACAAAGACGAGAGAGUGGUUCUGUAGAUUUUGAUAGAGGAUGGAAUGAAUAUAAAUCUGGAUUCGGAAUAGCUGGUGGAGAUUAUUGGUUAGGUAAUGAAAAUAUUCAUAUAAUGUCAACGGAGGCCCAGCAUGAGAUCAGUAUAUAUCUAGAAGUCUCCCCUAGUGAUUACAGAUAUGCAAACUAUUCAACCUUCAGACUUGAUGAUGAAAACAGUAAAUAUAGUUUAGCCAUAGCAGGUUACAGAGGUAAUGCAGGUGAUUCAAUGACCUAUCACAACGGCCUUAUGUUUAGUACAAAGGAUUCAGACCAUGACGGUGAUGCAGGCCGGAACUGUGCAGCACGAUAUAAAGGGGGGUGGUGGUACAAAAACUGUUACUAUGCCAACCUGAAUAGGGAGGACAACAACUUAAUCAAUUGGAGAACAUAUUCAAAUUACAUACGGAAAACUAAAAUGAUGAUAAGAAGAAAAUGAUAAAAACCUGUUCAAAUGUAUAAG